CUCCUUUCUUUUUCAUAUAAUCAAAAAUUAGGGUUUGGCAUUCACAUUUUGGCUUACUUCUGUAGUUUUCUUUUUGCCCUUUCACGUUAUUCCUGAUAGAAAAAUAAAAUUAAAAAGUAGCAAUAUUGGACAAGUUGAUUCAUGUACUUCACAAACCAAAUUGGAUUUGUUCGCUAUGUGGGACAAAAUUUUUCGUACUCGUAAUGCUAUUACGAUAAUUAAUCCGCACUCACGGAAAACGUGAUCAAGGCCGUAAUGCAUUGCGGGCAUAUAGGAGCGCUUUUGAAAAGAAGACCUUUAUUUUUCUAAGGUAAAACAUAACAGAUACCAUAGUUCAUUUCUGUCAGCGUAGUCGGGUAAGAAACCAGACAGACCCCCAGCAUUGGCACUGCUGGAAUUUUCCAUGAAAAUUUUAACUCGAUGCCAUAGUUAGUGGAUUUGCGGAGUCUAAUAACCCAAUUAUUAAAAAAAGUUCCUACUGCCUAAUUUCCCAAACAACGGUUCGACUUUAGCUGAUAUAGAUUGCAGGGAACGCGAACCCUAAAAGAAAAAUCGAACAGUUUUGAACUCCAUAAUUGCAAAGCGCUAAAUAUCUGAAUUCUCCUUACCAAUUCGCGUACGUUUCUUCUUAUGAUCGUUUUGAGAAUUUGCUUGUAAAUCAAGAGCAUAUCAAGCCUUACCUGAUGAGAUAUUUUUUGUCCUCGUUAUCUGUUCGUUCAGUGUUAUUUUCUCAAACCUACUCGUGUUUUCUUUGAGGAGCAAUCGCAAUCUUUGACCUUCGGCUAGUGAUGGCAGAUUUGUCCCUCAUCUUUCUGUUUAUUUUCACCUCUUGGCCCGUAAAUCUUUUCAUUGUAUUAGCACCGGAUUAAGUUCUCGUCCGAGAGAAACUGUUAAUCGAGCCAGUUUGCAAAAGCAAACAGAUUACAGAAGUGGGCAAGUCGGCGGUUAAACCUGCCUCGCCGCACGUCAGAGAGAGAAGAAAAGAUUUCCCGUGGUUUUCCCGCUGGUUCACUGGGAGGCCAAGCCCGAUUUACUAACGGUAAUGUAGUAUUUCUAUCAGCUGGAAGUGUAAAUUUGCAUUCUUCGCGUGUGCAACGCCUUUAGUAACCAGCGGGCGCUCGGUUCAUGGCACGCGAUUGUGCGCUGGUUCAGCGCCGAUCAUUUUUGCCCUGUCGUGUUUCUAAUGGUUUGAAUCUAAGCGAUCGCUUGAUGGAUAAUUGCUAAAUGAACUCGGGUAACUGUCAAAGAAAGCUCUGAACUACGUACGGAGAAUCCACCGUGUCCAUCUGGUUUGUUCCUUGUGCUGUCAGGAGAUGAGGCGGGUGCUUAAUCAUGGCAGAAAGUUGCGAGUAUUGUUACUUCUCAUAGCAUUAUGUUCUGUGUUCCUAAUAACGUACCAAGGAGACGUUGUAUGGUUUUCCGAUCGUGGAACACGUUUCCCAAACUACAUGCCGGCGCACAUCGAAGUCGGCAACAGUGACUUGAACCUUGGUGAACUUUUUGAUCCUCAAAGCAAAAAGUCUAAGCUUGGUCGUGUCUUGAGCUCAUUUGGAAACGACAAGGAAUCUUCUCAGUUGCAAAAAAAGCAGAGAAUGCUUUUGUGCGGUUCAGAAUGGCAAGAGGAAUACGUGAAACUUCACGACGACAUCCUAAACAAUCGAAAACCACCCAAAUAUCUUGUUUAUUUUUGUGGAGGUAAAAAGUACGGCUGCGGUGGAUACGGUAAUCGAUUGGGAGCUGUCACAUCGCUCUUUUACUUAGCAGUUAUAACGGGUCGCGCGUUUCUUAUAGAUUGGAAAAGUACAGUUCCCAUUGCAGAGUAUCUGCAACCCAAGAACAUCAAAUGGAAUUUUCCGAUUUCCAAACUGCGCCAUCUUAAGACGAACUAUCACUACUGGGGCAAGGGUGAUCACCAAUUGGUCUACAGAGAUUCUCAAAGAUCUUCGGAUAAAUUUUCCCUGUUCCGUGACUGGCUCGAGGGAACUGACCUCGAAAAGUAUUUAGACUCGCCCGUGGAGGUAGUCACAAGUUUAUGGUAUUUUGCGCCGAGUUUUCGACAGCAUAAGUUUGCCGAACGCUUGGCAAACAUGUUAGGUGUGAAAGCGAAAGGCCAUCGCUAUUCUCUAGUGGGUUGCGCGUUCGACUUCUUGUUCCAAAGAACAGCCGAGUUCGACAAAACUUUGUCGGCGGCUCGUGAAUCUCUCCAUCUCAAUGCGAAUGUUCCUAGAAUUGGUAUUCACAUUCGAAUGGGGGAUGCGUCGUCGUUUAGCCAUGGAUCUUUGGAUCAAAGGACGUCGGAUUUCAAAAACUUUUUCAUGUGCGCCAAAAAGCUAGAAAGCGCAAUCAUUCAAUCGAAUAACAACGCCAGUCGCGCGGAUAUUAAGUGGUUCUUGGCCACAGACAACACCGAGGUGAAACAGUACGCCUUAAGAACGUACCCGAAUAAAGUGGUGUCUCUUGCAGUGAAAGUUGAGCACAUUAAUUUUCGCGAGCCCUCCAUGGAGGGCAUGACAGGGGUGCUUCUCGACCACACCCUUUUGUCGGAGUGCGACUUCCUUGUAUUGUCCGACAGCAGUUUUAGCAAGACAGCGCUGGGAAUGAAUUUCCAUUCGUUAGAACACAGUACAUUCGGUGAUAAGUGCAGAUACGUGACAUGAUAGUUCCUUGCCUCCGCACACUGUCUUGUUCAGUAAUGUGACAGCUCGGCGCGUAUGCAAACAGCCCGGAAGUGGUAGGGCCGAAGAUAGGAGAAACUGGCUGGCUCUUACAGUGACACCAAAAGCCUUUGCCGACAGUUAACUGCAACGCGCCAAAACAGCAUCGUAAUAGAGUUAGUCCAUGCUGCCACUGGGCUAAAAAAUGGUAGCUGCAAGAUCAUUACAUUUCUGGGACGCGUGUUUUGUUUGAUUUUUAUUUACAGACGUAAUGGACCAGAUGGAAAAAAAGUCUGAUAUGGAGGUUGGAAAAUCACGUGGUCUCGUCUGAUUUUGCGAGUAAGACAAGAAGAACUUUUUAUCAUUUGUUUCUUUCAGCAAAUAGUGUUUUAGGAUAAGGGAUUCUUGUUGAUAUUACAGGACGGAACAGCAAAACACCAGUGAGUGUCCUACUGAUUAGAGCUCAGCAAGUGAAAUACUUGCCUGAUAUGUCAGUCAUCUAUCGCCCUGAGCCUAAUCCCUUGACUAAUCUACCGCCUAAUCUCUCGCCCGGGAUCAGGCUAAGGGCGGGAGAUGCCUGACGCUUCAGGCCAGCGAAAUACUCAAACAGACGGCGUGACUAUUUAUUGCAAUGGGUUUCGUUUUCUAGGAGAUCGGUAUUUUUUACUCUUAGAAAGGAGAGAGGUCGUCUUCGUUGUUUGUUCAGUUGUCAGCAUUUACCAAGUAGACCGCCACUGGUGUUUCGAGACAAAAGGAAAAGCGAGUGCAAUUAACCGGGUAGUCUUGCUAACAUCCGGUUAAAUUUCUCAAAAAUCGAUAUUUUAGUAUUCGUACGUAGUGUAGAGUUUCCAACACAAAGACGGAAAAGUUACUUGCUGUGGCCAAAUAAGUUAUGUUGACACCAAUUCUCUAAAGUUUUCUUCAUUAUACAUUUCUUUAUAGAAGCAAAAGGAGCUCUGAUAUAUUUGUUAAGAGGGAAAUUAAGCUUACUACUAUAUUAGUUAAUUUGUUGGAUUUGAAAGUCUUAGUUUUGAAAGUUAUUUGUACAGUUGAUAACUCCAUUACGGCACCCAAAUUCGCAGCUAGUCAAUCAGAAGUUAUGUCUACAGUCUUGAUAUCCACCGAUAUCACAUCACCGACCUAAUAUGGCUGUCGUAUACCCCAGUUGCGGUCGGAUUUGUUUUGGUGACGUCACUGUGAAGGAUCUUCUCUCUUCCAGAUCACGUGACCCUAACAAACUGGGCGCGUAGCCGAAACAACACGAUGAUUGAGAACAAAGAGCUUUUACAGUAACGAUUAUCGGUGCAGUCGCUACAGAACUCGCGCUGUUAAUCUUUUGCUUCUAGUCGUUCAGAAUAAAAUUUGAUACACAGUAAUAUAUCAGGAACAACAGAGAUACGAGUCACACUGAAAUGGUUACUUGAAUAUGAGAGUAUGAUUCAGCGCCAUCUUGAAUUAUUUAUUUUGUAAAAAAAAAAAUGGAAAUGUGAUAUACAUUAUUUGAUAAAUGGAAUAAAAAUAUGGACAAAUUUAGAUUAGAUGAACAGAUUAUUAAAUUUUUACCUUGGGAAUUUUA